CGCGCAUAGUGUUGACAACAGUUUUGUGAGAAUCCAGUCCCCAAACCGCUGGCGAACAAAAUGGAAUUUGCGGUAGCGCCCGGUAGCGCCAGUAUGUGCCAUAUGCUCGAUGAGGUGCUGUCCCUAAUUUUUGACCAUCUCGAUGUGCUGGACCUGAAGAGUGCGUCGCUCGUCUGUCGGAGAUGGGCACAGUUGACCUUUGCGGGGCGCCGCAUGAAGCGACUCUGCCUGAAGGUGGAUGCUGUGGCGCGGGAUCGCACUGUUGCGCAGGACUUCACUGAAGUAUUGCUCAGAAGUACGCGACAUUAUCGUCACGUAGUGUUCGCGCGCAAUGGCACAUAUGGUCCUACGUAUUUCUUACAGCUGUUGCGUAAGUUCACCGGCUCGAUCCAGACGCUGCAAGUGUUUCCCGAGUGGUCGCUUUCCUUGCAGGACCUAAAACUGCUCCUGCUGGAAGUGCCCUAUCUGCGACGAUUCUCUCUCCGGUCGGAACUGCGCCACGGUUACUGUGUCGACGUUGGGCGGAAACCCGGCGAAUGGUUGCCGGUGCUAAAGAAGCUUCAGCAUCUGCAGCUUGCCAGGGACAGUAGCUGGUUGCAGUGCGACGCGUUCAGUGUGCGUACGAUCGCCCCCCACUUGGAACGGCUCGUCAUGGACUGUCACUCAGAGCGCGCGCUGGAAGUGUACCGCCACCUAAGUGGUCAGUUGAAAAGCGUGGAAGUUGUUUUCGUCCAAAGUGACUAUUUUACUCGCUUUUCCGAGUUGUCGUUCCCGUGUCUGGAAGAGCUCGACUAUUACUGCGACGAACGAACGUUACAGUUCACGGACAACGGGACGGUGGAGAGUGCUGGUAGCUUCUUUCGAAGGCUUCCCAAACUUCGCCAGCUCACUCUUCGAUGCGUGGCCCGCAAAGUGUUGCUGCAAUCCAUCAUGGAGCACUGUCGCCAGUUGACUUCGCUCAACAUCGUAACGAGCCAAAUGGAGAAGCACGCGCUAGAGCCGCUGGGACGGCUGAGUAAACUUAAGAAUCUUCAAUUGGACGGUUUCAUGCGGUUGCACAGUUUUCGCAGGUGCAAAGCAGUUCCCUCUCUCGAAUCCGUUCACCUGAAGUCGGUCUAUUUUCACGACCCGUUGGAGUUCUUCCAAAGUCUGUUUCGGGUGGCACCACAGCUCUGCAGUUUGAACAUUCAGUUUUCGAUCGUAGACGAUGAAGUGUUGCAUUUCAUAUGCUACCACUUUGCCUGCCUCCAGAGCCUCACAUUGGAAUGCUGUCGAGAGCUUACAGGCGAAGGUCUGGCUAACAUUGAUCAACUAGCACAGCUGCGCCAUUUUCAACUAAGCUUUCUGAGCAUCUCGGAACGAAUGUUUGAAUGUAUCCCACGUAACAAUGUUCGCUAUCUGUCGAUCAUUUGCUGUGACCGAACGAUGGACGAUGGCCUCCGGAAGAUACCUGGAAAAUUUCCUUUUCUACGGCGAUUGACGAUUCGAAAGUGUCCCCUGGUAACGAACGACUGUAUCGAAAGGCUCCGGAUGCUGAUGCCAACGUGUACUAUCGAGAAAAAUGGGCAACAUCUUUAUCCAGUUUACGUUGGAUUAUAAGUGAAAAGAAGUUCUGAAUACCGAGUGUCGACUGAUACGAAGGUGAUAUCGACCCGGGAAUAUGGAAAGAAAUAAGACACAAAAUAAAUGUAGCAUUACA